AUGUCGGUGAAUUUAACGCCGAAUGCGAUCCCGGCGAUAGUGGCCGGCGACAUGAACUCGAAGCCGCUGUUGCAGGUUCUUGAUAUCAAGUUGAUUCGAAACAGUAUGCAGCAAGAGAGGUACCGCAUUUUGCUUUCCGACGCCGUUUCCUCUCAGCAAGCCAUGCUCGCGACUCAGCUCAACGACCGAGUCCGAACCGGUCAAGUCAAGAAAGGUUCCGUUGUUCAGCUGAUCGACUACAUUUGCAGUCCUAUUCAGAAUCGCAAGAUUGUUGUGGUGCUCAAUUUGGAAACUAUAAUACCAGAUUGCGAGAUCAUUGGAAAUCCAAAGUCAUUUGUGGAAUCUGAUUUGGCAACUCAAGGAGCAUUACCUAAUAACAAUAAGCAAGACUCAUCCGGGAGUAAUAAUUAUCAUCAGGCAGCUCAAAGUGGAAGUUGUAAUGUGCAGAAUUUCCGGCCAACUGUUCAACCUCCGGUUUACAGAAGUCAUGGUGCGAUUGUGAAAAAUGAGGCCCCGCCUUGUAUUAUUCCAAUAGCUGCUUUAAAUCCUUAUCAAGGUCGGUGGGCCAUCAAGGCAAGGGUAACUGCAAAAGGGGAUUUGCGCCGUUAUAAUAAUGCCCGGGGAGAUGGGAAGGUCUUCUCAUUUGAUCUUCUUGAUUCUGAUGGAGGUGAAAUACGGGUAACCAGCUUUAAUGCAGUUGUGGAUCGAUUCUAUGAUGCAAUUGAAGUUGGUAGAGUUUACUUGAUAUCCAAAGGUAGCCUGAAACCUGCGCAGAAGAACUUCAACCAUUUGAAGAAUGAAUGGGAAAUACUGUUGGAUUUGACUUCAGCUGUUGAACUUUGCCCAGAUGAAGAUGGUUCUAUACCUAAACAGCAGUUUUCCUUUAGGCCUAUCAGUGAUGUUGAGAAAGUUGACAAUAAUUCCAUACUUGAUGUUAUUGCCGUUGUGACAUCCGUGUAUCCAUCAGUUCCUAUCUUGAGGAAGAAUGGAAUGGAAACUCAAAGAAGAAUUUUGAAUCUAAAGGACAAUUCGGGGAGGAAUGUUGAGCUAAUCCUUUGGGGUGAAUUUUGUAACAGGGAAGGCCAAAAGUUGCAUGAGAUGGUCGAUGCUGGGUUUUUCCCAAUUCUGGCAGUCAAAGCUGGGAAGGUUAAUGACUUCACAGGGAAGUCUAUAGGGACUAUUUCUGCUACACAGCUUUUCAUAAACCCAGAUUUCUCUGAGGCACGUAGCUUAAGGGACUGGUUUGAUCAAGUGGGAAAAGAUUCUUCAUCUCUGUCCAUUUCGAAGGACAUUAUACCUGGAGGACCUAAGUAUGAUGUACGAAAAACCGUCUCUCAGAUCAAGGAUGAAGGUCUGGGGCGGUCAGAUAAGCCAGAUUGGAUAACAGUGAGUGCAACAAUAUCUUUCAUCAAGACUGAUACAUUUUGUUACACAGCUUGCCCUCUGAUGAUUGGAGAUCGGCAGUGCAACAAGAAGGUGAAUAGGUCAGGAAACACAAGAUGGCAAUGUGAUAGAUGCAACCAAGAGUUUGAGGAGUGUGAUUACCGAUAUCUUCUUCAAGCUCAAAUUCUGGAUCAUUCUGGAAUAACUUGGGUUACUGCUUUCCAGGAAUCAGGGGAAGAGAUUUUGGGUUACUCAGCAAAGGAGAUGUACUUGUUGAAGUAUGAGAAGCAGGAUGAUGAGAAGUUUGGAGGAAUAAUCAAGAGUAGACUCUUCAACCAAUUUAUCUUGAGGCUAAAAAUUAAAGAGGAAUUGUAUGGUGAUGAGCAGAGGGUGAAGAUUACAGUAAUUAAGGCAGAUAAGGUGAAUUAUUCUUCGGAGAGUAGAUACAUGCUUGAUUUGGUUUCAAAGUUUUGCAGGCUCUAGGCAGUAACUGUUAUUCGGUUUCAGCAUCUUCAUUUUACUGUUAGUAUACAAUUUACCAUAGAAUCGGUCAUCAGUACUUGAGUUACCAUGUUAUCUGUUGCAAAACCUAGAUUUAGUUAUUAAUUCAAGUUCUAACUAU